CGAGCGUCCCGGAGAGAGACGUCCGGCCAGACCCAGAAUAACUUUGUCCAAAGACGACACUAUAGGGCGCUUCUAUAGUUGUGGAACGCAAUCCGGUUUGAGUUGAGGGGGUUUUUCGCGUUAGGUGUAGGUAUAGUUCUAGUUCUAGACAUCGUCGUCGCGUGUUCCCUACUGGUGUCUGCCUCUUUUUGCCCACAUCAUCUUCAUGUUCCGUCUGCGGUGCGUUUGACAGUUCAGUGCGUUCUUCAGUGUUUCGUUGGAAAAAAAAAUAUUCAGGGGAUUCCCGAUAGAUGGUGAAGUUUAUUUUGUGUGGGUUCCGAGAUGUGAAGAAUGUGGAAUCGACCUGGUUUGUGAUUCUUAUGAGUGGAAGAAGAAAAAGUUUUCCAUUCGCAUGCCCAUUCAAGCAGCUACGGCGGCGGUGAGAAGAAGAAAAAUUGGUGAAAAUUUUCUGUGCAUGCAAGAGCCGAAUGCUUUAAAAGGUCUCCCGAUAGUCGGUGCUUUGUGUGAAUUUAAGCUCCCGCCCUGCUCUACUGCUGUGAGGAUGAUCUAUUUUGCGUGAUAACAUCCAAGUGAAAAGCUACACACUUCGUCCGUACGCAGUACCCCUACCUAGCGACGAGUGAUUGGAAACCGACAAGAGUGUGAUAGUGAUACUCGAAACAACCAGUUGCAGUACGCCAACCAUGCAACGCCCCCACCAGAAGCCACUAGUUUGAACCGCCUACUGCCAGUCGCUUUUGGAGACAUCGUCGUCGCCGGUGGUGCCUCCUGGUGCCCCCAUGAAAAAUAUAAGUUGCAAAAACGGUAGAAGAAUACACACCAUCAUGAACCAGUGGUAGGUACCUAGGUUGAUUCGUGUCGCUUUCAAUGAGCCGUCAUAAGAAGCAACAACGCCGGCAGCAACAAGCAAGGUAUCUUGCCCCGCCGGAACUUAACAUUCGUCGGGGAUUCUCUCUGCUGUCAUCGUAGACAUUCGCCAGCACCGCACACGCUGUCAACCACACUGCGCCGUGAGACAUACUUGCGGACGUGCGGUUUGCGUGUAACUUGUGGGGGAAUAGGCACAGUUCCCCAGCCAGAAGCGGAAACGCGAGCUUCCUACUACACUACUUGUGGAUAUUAUGGCGGACUCAACAGUGGCGACCUCCAGCGGAAGCAGCGGCAAACGUUCUCGACUGAAUCUAGAAUCCAAAUGUUCCUCGCUGCGGAAGCACCUCAGCAAGUCGGCCUCGGAGCUCAGCUGUAACGAUUGCGGCGGUUCGGGCGAUUCACCACAGUCAUCGCCGCAGAGGGCGCGCAGUGCCGUCAACCCGAGCGUUGGAGCGGCAGGGGUCAUCCAGCGGACGCAUGGUUUCUUCAAUACACUAAGGAAUCGAUGGUCCCGCGGGCGUAGUAAAGAACGGAUACGUGGCUCCUGUGGGCAGGACCUGGAACGGCGGGACAGCCAAAGUGAUUACGCCGCGGACAACAGCUCGGAGCACAGCAGUUCGGCCACCCCGCAGACGCAAUCCCCCCGGCAUCGGGCCCUCACGAUAGGAGACUCUCCGCUGGCACGACCCAACGAAAGGAAUGCCUCAAUGAGCUCGGAAGGGAACGCCCUGAAGCUGACGACGACCAAAGUAGAUGUAGAACAGCCUAGCACCGGUAACAUAGUGACGGCAGCGGUAGCCAAACUAAUCAGCAACAGCAACAACAACAACAUCAACAACGACGGACCCACCUCGAGCGGAUGCUCGGCCACCGGAGGAACGGCGGGUGGCGCACCCGCCACUACCAGUUUAAGCGGAGACGAUGUACAACGAAGGCGGGAAACGCAACUGCGGCAGCAUUCGUUCUUCCAGCUGCGGAUACACCUCAUCAGCGGGCACAACCUGGUGGCGAUGGAUAAGAGCGGUACCAGUGACCCAUACGUAAAAUUCAAGGUAGGCGGUAGAUUGCUGUACAAAUCGAAAACCGUACACAAGGACCUAAAUCCCGUCUGGGACGAGACGUUUGUCGUUCCGGUGGAGGACCCUUUCCAGCCGAUAAACAUCAAAGUCUUCGACUACGACUGGGGCCUGCAGGAUGAUUUUAUGGGUUCGGCCAAACUUGUUCUAACCUCGCUGGAACUGAACCGAGCGGAAGACCUCACCAUCAAGCUGGAGGAUGCGCAGCGGGCCAACAAAGAUCUAGGGGAAAUCAAAUUGGGGGUGACGUUGUGGCCCAAAACGCAGGAGGACAAGGAACAAUACUUUCAGCGCAAUCCCAAACUGGCCGAUGCAUCGCGGCGGCUCAAGUCGCAGAUAUGGUCCUCGGUCGUGACGAUAGUGCUGAUCGAAGCCAAAGGACUCCCACCGGAUACCGAGAAUGGGCUGAACGAUGUGUACGUUAGGUUUAGGCUAGGCAAUGAAAAAUACAAAAGUAAAACAUCCUACCGAGCGCGGUGGUUGGAGCAGUUCGACCUGCACCUGUUCGACGACGACCAACUGCUGGAGCUGAUAGUAUGCGGGAAGUACAAUACGUACGGCAAAUGCACAAUCGAUCUACGAAGUCUUCCGCGGGAACGCACACACGGCAUGUGGCAGCCACUGGAAGAGUGCACCGGCGAGGUGCAUAUCAUGUUAACCAUUAGCGGGACCACAGCGUCCGAAACGAUAACGGACCUAACUUCGUACCGGGAAGAUCCCAAGGAACGGACCCAGCAACAGAAACGAUACGCGUGGCACCGUUCACUGCAGAACCUGCGGGACGUGGGCCACCUGACGGUGAAGGUGUUUGGCGCGACGGGCCUCGCGGCGGCCGAUAUCGGAGGCAAGUCAGAUCCAUUCGUAGUGCUAGAGCUAAUCAACGCUAGAUUGCAAACCCAAACCGAGUACAAAACGUUAACACCCAAUUGGAACAAAAUCUUCACUUUUAAUGUAAAAGACAUGUCCUCGGUGCUGGAUAUAACCGUCUUCGACGAGGACCGGGACCACAAGGUGGAGUUUCUGGGGCGGGUGAUGAUUCCGCUGCUGCGGAUACGGAACGGCGAGAAGCGAUGGUACGCACUGAAGGACAAGAAGAUGUACUCCCGGGCGAAGGGAACACAGCCGCAGAUCCUACUGGAGAUGACGGUCGUGUGGAGCAAGGUGCGGGCGGCACUGCGAGUCCUGGAACCAAAAGAGGAAAAACUCGUCCAGCAGGAGGCGAAGUUCAAGCGGCAGCUGUUCCUGAGGAACGUUACGAGACUGAAAGCCGUGAUUAUGUAUUUUAUAGAAGUAGGACAAUUUGUUCAGAGUUGCUUCGAGUGGGAAUCGCCGUUUCGGUCGUUCAUAGCACUGGUCUUAUGGAUAUGCGGAUGCAUAUGGUUUGACAUUUCCACCAUCCCGGCCGCAGCACUACUGUAUUUGCUGAAAAACUGGCUAAUACGAUGGCUAACGGGUGCAUCUUCGCCGUCUACUGCGGAUGAAUACGAUGUGGCCAGCGAUGACGAGGACGAUGACGAUAAGGAGAAGGAGGAAAAGAAGACCAUAAAGGAAAGACUGCAAGCGAUACAGGAAGUGUCGCAGAGUGUACAGAACACCAUCGGCUAUCUGGCGUCUCUGGGGGAAAGCGUUAAAAACACCUUCAACUUUUCCGUCCCUGAGCUGAGCUGGCUGACGGCAUGCCUGCUGCUAAUCGCCUGCCUGGUGCUACACUACGUCCCGAUCCGGGUGCUACUGCUGCUGUGGGGUCUGGUCAAGUUCAGCCGCCGACUCGUACGACCGCACAGUGUUCCUAACAACGAAGUGCUCGAUCUGCUGUCCCGCGUUCCUGACGAUGAGGAAAUUAUCAUGUGGCGGGAGCUGCCACUCCAUUCGACGCCGGAAAUGGCUCGGCGGGAUCCCCGGAAGAAACACAAAACCUCGUAAUGCUACCAAAUCACCCUGAAGCGAUACUUUAGGGCGAACCUGCGGAAGGCUCUGAAUAUCAGCAAGAAGGACAAUUAGUCGCUCUCUGAGGAAGAAUGAGUGAAUCUCUCUCUAAUCUAGGAUGUCAUCGUUUUCUGAAUUUUUUGUACUUAGAUAAUAUUGCAACUCUUUUUCAAAAUACUUCCAUCUCUUAAUAGUCAUACUAGUUUCAUAGAAGAGAACUGCAUAAAUCGCGCACUAAAACGAACUAAACUGUAGAUCUAGCGAUGAUGGGAGAAAAGCUUUUACCACACGUUUAACGAUUCUAGUCCUUUACUGGUGGUGUUAACGAAGAACUAUCAAUUGUUACGUUGUCUUAUUUGUCGGAUUUAUACCCCACUCGUGCUAUUUGUCAAUCUCUCUUAAUUGUAACAGUAGUCUAGGCGACCAGGUGUCGGCAGUUUUCGCGUUCUAAACACGAUCACGAUAGUUUUUUUUUUUUUUCAACUGAAACGAACCCUAAACAAUCCAGUCUCUCCAAACUUUUACAACCAAACGGUAGGAUAUAGUGGUAGUUAAGAGCUAUUGUUAAUUGUAAACCAGAGAAACCACAAUUAAUAAAUCGGUUUUUGACUGAAGAGUAAAUCGAGUUCCAAAAGGGAA